AUAUGUACAAACAGUUUUGGUCAAAGUGUUAAAUGCGUAGAUCGCCCUUUUUUGCAUUGAUUAUAGUCAUGGUCAUAGGUCAAUGGGUUGUGCGCUCAGUCGGUGAGGCAGAUACAGUUUCACUAUCAGCGGCAGCUCGAGUUCCAGCUUCAGCUUCAGUUCCAACUGCAGAAAUGAUACCAGUGACAGGUCGCCCGAGCUACACAAUUCAGAUUCAUACAUUUGCGGUGUCAGUGCGUGCGUUGGGUGCGCGAAGGGGUCAUGGGGAUUAUCAUUACUGCUCUGGCGUAAUGAUCACCUCCAGCUGGGUGCUAACUGCGGCCCAUUGUAUCUCGGCAGUAGUGAGAACCGCUCAUUAUGCGGCGAUGGAUGAAGAGGAUAUUGUUGUUGUCGUGGGUACCAAUCGCCUUGUGCCCUCCAAGCCGCCUUUGCGCAACGCAAUGUUGGUGAAAAAAUUAUAUAUGCAUGAGAACUACAAUCGCAAGCAAUUGAGCGAUCUGGCCUUGAUCCAUUUAAGGGGAGUCAUCAUCCCUGGCAUACCUCUGUCGCGUAGUGUGCGCCUGCCUACAAUGGCGUUGCAAAAAUACCAGAACUGCAAGACAAUUGGCUGGGGACGUCAGCAUCCGCAUGCUGACUAUGCCAACGAGAUGCUGCAGCAGGAUGUUUACGCCGAUCCAGAGAUUGACGCCACUGGCCACAUACGUGUGUUGCCGGCUUACGAAAACCAAAGCUUAUUUUUAAUGGACACUGGUGCGCCGCUCUUCUGCAACCAAGUGCUGUACGGCAUUGCUAGAGGCAUCAGCGAAAAGGAGUACAACUCUCAGCUACGCAUAUAUACGGGAGUCUAUGAGCAUUUGGAUUGGCUGCUGGUGACGAUGCGGAACAAUGCUCCAACUGUUGUUGCCUUGGUUAGGCUGAGUCUCAGUCUCAAUCUCUGUCUACUGUUUAUAUUGGACGCGGGUUGA